AUGAAGAAAUUUGCAAAAUUUUGGAAUCAUUACACACCGCAUACCAUCGUAUAUUAUGAACGUAAAAAAUUCCACGAUGCAAAGCGAGAGGAAAAUGAAUCAGUAUCAAAUUGGUAUGCCCGCAUUAAACAUUUGGCACUACAAUGCAAGUAUGGUCCAAAUUUGAAUGACAUGGUGAAGGACAAAUUUAUUACGCAAUUGCCGGAGAAAAUUUUCAACAAAAUUUGUGAGGAAGAUGAGACAUUGCAGCUUGCAUCAGCAUUGUCAAAGGCAUUGAUUGCGGAGACCAGAAUGGCAUCAAGACACGAGCACAUCGACGCAAACGUUAAUUUUGUGGGGCACAAUGGGAAGGCCCGUAAACCAGGCAACAACUCCAAAGAGAAGCAACCGCAUGGCAGGAAGACUGCAUGUACGAGCUUAUCCAACAAUGAGUGGUCGGACACGUACAGGGUACAGGUCGAAAUUGAAGGUUUCAAAUUGACAAUCGCAUGUGAUACGGGAGCACCGUGCACUUUUGUUUCAAAGGCAUUCUACCAAAAACAUUUGUCGAACUGUUUGAUCGAAAAUUGUGACGUUUCAUACAUGGCUUAUGGAGCCUGGAAGUCCAAAAUUGAAAAAAAUUUGCGCAUGCUAGAAGAAAAAGGUGUUCUUGAACAAGUUGAAAGUUCAAAAUGGGGCACUCCAUUAGUUCCUGGCCCUAAACCAGAUGGUGAAUUGCGCACAUGUGGUGACUACAAAGUCACAAUUAAUAAAUUUCUAGUUGAUGUAAAAUACCCCUUACCAUUGAUUGAAGAGAUCUUUGCAUCGCUUCAAGGGGGCGAAUUAUUUAGUAAAUUAGACAUGAGUUCUGCAUAUAACCAAUUGUGUUUAGAUGAACCAUCACAGCUGCUAUGUACUUGGUCUACACAUAUUGGUACUUUUAAAAUGAAAAGAUUGCCAUUUGGUGUUAAAACCGCACCAGCCAUUUUCCAGAUGACCAUGGAAAAUGUACUAAGAGGUGUUAAUGGUAUUUGUGUUUAUCAGGAUGACGUAACCGUCACAGAUCACAAGCCAUUGUUGACUCUGUUUGGUGAGAACAAGGGACUUCCCUUGAUGGCCGCAGCACGUAUUCAACGUUGGGCACUCAUUUUGAGUGGAUUUAGCUACAAAAUUGAAUUUGUCAAAGGGGUCAACAAUGAUGCUGAUGCUUUGUCUCGCAUACCCCAACGCGCCCUUAGCAUUGAUACGCAGGAAGCAAAUUAUGUUAACUUGAUUGAAAAAGACAAUACUUUGCGGAUAAAUUUCAGAGAUAUUUCCAUUGAAACUCGACGCGAUCCCAUUUUAAGCAAACUUCGCGAAUCAGUUGAAAACAAUUCUGUGGCAAAGCUAGAUUCUAGUUUUGAUGCGUUCAAGCAGAAAGCUAUUGAGCUAACAGUUCAAUACGGGUGUGUAAUGUGGGGUUAUAGAACCAUUAUUCCUUUAAAAUUUCGUAAAUAUGUGUUAAAUGAAUUACACUCAUCGCACAUGGGUAUCGUUAAGACAAAAGCUCUAGCUCGUUCAUACGUUUGGUGGCCAAAAAUUGAUCAGGACAUUGAAAAUUUAAUAAAAAAUUGCUUACCGUGUCAGCAGUUACAAUCUAGUCCACCCAAAGCUGAGUUGAUUUCGUGGAAACCCACUGGGGAAAUUUGGAAUCGUAUCCACAUCGAUUUUGCAGGUCCAAAAGUUAACUUUUACUACAUGAUCAUCAUUGAUUCACACUCUAAAUGGGUUGAAGUUUUCAAAACGAAAACAAUUACUUCUGCAUUUGUUGUAAACAAACUGCGCGAACUGUUUAGUCGUUACGGCAUAGUCGAAACUAUAGUAACGGACAAUGGCACCCAGUUUACGUCGGCUGACUUUAGGGAAUUCGUCAACAAAAAUAACAUUAAACAUGUUUUAACAGCCCCAGGUCACCCUUCGACCAAUGGCCAAGCAGAAAAUUUCAUAAAGUCAUUUAAAAAGUCUCUUCAUGCCAGUUUAAAUGGUUUGAAACAAUUUGAUAUUGACACUAUUAUAACUAGAAUAUUAUUUGAUUACCGUAAUACUACUCACUGUACAACGGGUGAAACACCAUCCAAAUUAUUUUUUGGGCGCUCUUUGCGAACUCGUUUUAGCAAUUUAAAACCACCCACGGUACAGGAAGUCAUUCAUGAAAAACAAAAACAACAACAGAAGCAUUACGUGGGAAAUCGCAAUGUAAAUUUUCAACCAGGACAAAAAGUUAUGAUUAGAAAUUAUAAAAACCCGAAUAACCCUUCAUGGUCUCAAGCAACUAUUAAGAGAAAGAUUGGUUCCCGUAAUUAUAUUUGUGUCUACACUCAAAAUCAAAAAGAAAUCAAACGGCACAUUGAUCAGAUUCGUGAUCAAUCAAUAAAAUCAGAGUCACCAAACGAUAUUUCAUACGGAAUAGAUAGUACUUCAAACGAAGAGAAUGGCGAGAUACAAAGUGACACAUCCAUUGAAGGUGCAUGCCCCGAUUCUCAACUAUCACUACCAAACACUAAUGAUUUAAAUAACAAAGAACCGGAUUAUGUACCUGUUGUUUCUGACCAAUCUGAGUUGGAUACUGGGGACGAAAAUCCAACAGACCAAGAUUGUGAAAGGGAAGGGAUGAGAAAGCUUCGCCCUCGUAAAGAUGGCAAGGCUAUCAAACCAUAUACUUAA